GAGAUACGACUGCAAUCUAUCCUCUUAUCCUCAGCCUCACAAACCAAUAGAAACAAUGCCAAGCUCAAGUAACACACUCGCACUCUAACACAGGCUUCACUGCUCACUUCUGCACAUGGCAUCAGUACUCGGAACUUGCUCCACCGCAACCUUGGCCGCUCGUCCCCUCUCAUCUCCCACUUCCAGGACUUCAAUUCCCUCCCUCUCUUUGACCCAAGGGCAGAGUUGUGGGACUAAGUUUUAUGGCGGGUUAAGGAUUCAUGGGAAGAAGAGCAGGUCUCAAUUCCAUGUUGCCAGUGUUGCUACUGAAGUCAACCCUUCUGAACAGGCACAGAGGCUUGCUGCUAAGGAAAGCCAGAGGCCGGUGUAUCCAUUUGCUGCUAUUGUAGGACAAGAUGAGAUGAAAUUAUGUCUUCUGCUGAAUGUGAUUGAUCCCAAGAUCGGUGGUGUCAUGAUCAUGGGUGAUAGGGGAACUGGGAAAUCCACAACUGUUAGGUCCUUGACUGAUUUGCUUCCCGAAAUUAAGAUUGUUGCUGGUGAUCCCUACAAUUCGGACCCAGAAGAUCCAGAGGCCAUGGGCCCGGAAGUGAGAGAGAGCAUUGUGAAAGGAGUGCAACUUCCUGUGGCGACCACUAAGAUCAACAUGGUUGAUUUACCUUUGGGUGCUACAGAAGAUAGAGUGUGUGGGACAAUCGACAUUGAGAAAGCUCUGACUGAGGGUGUCAAGGCAUUUGAGCCGGGACUUCUUGCAAAAGCUAAUAGAGGCAUUCUUUAUGUGGAUGAAGUUAAUCUUUUGGAUGAUCAUUUAGUGGAUGUUCUAUUGGAUUCUGCUGCCUCUGGAUGGAACACAGUGGAGAGGGAGGGUAUUUCGAUUUCUCAUCCUGCAAGGUUCAUUUUGAUUGGCUCUGGCAAUCCAGAAGAAGGGGAGCUCAGGCCGCAGUUGCUUGACCGUUUUGGUAUGCAUGCUCAAGUUGGGACUGUGAGGGAUGCAGAACUGAGAGUGAAGAUUGUGGAGGAGAGAGCUCGGUUUGACAAAAACCCAAAAGAUUUUCGGGUUUCUUACGAAGCUGAGCAAGAUAAGCUUCAGGAACAAAUUACCUCAGCUAGAAGUGGUCUUCCAUCUGUACAGAUUGACCAGGAUCUCAAGGUGAAAAUCUCCCGGGUUUGUUCAGAGUUGAAUGUCGACGGAUUGAGAGGAGACAUAGUGACUAAUAGGGCUGCAAAAGCUUUGGCUGCUCUAAAGGGAAGGGAUAAGGUGACUCCAGAAGAUAUUGCUACUGUCAUCCCUAACUGCUUAAGACAUCGUCUUAGGAAGGAUCCUUUAGAGUCGAUUGACUCUGGUUUACUUGUCAUUGAGAAAUUUUACGAGAUCUUCAGCUGAGGGAGGUGCUGAUAGGCCAUUUCUUUUAAGUUUUGCUGGCAGAAUUGUUGUUUUGUUCUUUUUUUUCUUUCCCUGGGCGUUAAUCUCAUCCUGUUUUUUACAAGAGGACAUUAAUGUUUUGCAAAUAUAUUCGGAGUCUCAGACUACUAUGUAACAGUUGAAAGUUUAUUGUCUAUAUCAUUGAGAAGCUUGAAGCUCAGUUUAACUACAAAAGAGAGGACACAAUUUGUUGUCUAUAUUUUCUUCUGA